GGGAAAUCCCACAGUUUUUGCAAAACACAUGUGAUUAUCUGUAAGCAGGUAUGGCCUACUACGGCUUUGGAUAUGUUGUUAAAUCCUGUCCAAAAAACCUUUUGGAACACAAAGCAGCAGCCUUCAAGUUAAAAUUUGGUGCCGACAAAUACGCCAGAAGUCAGUAUCUAUGCAUUCCCAAUUUUAAGAAGACAGCUCUAGUGGAAUAUUGCCUGACUGGUACAGUGGCACCUUAUAAUCAAGGUAACUGCCUGGUGGUUACCAAUGAUGGGGCUGUAGAUAUCGUCAACUGUAGCAGUUUCACCGAGGGUUGUCCUAACAGGUUAUUCAGAAGUUCAGAUGUUUAUCAGUUUCCAGCAUGUCUCGAAAUAAACACAGAAGAGAGGUGUUUCUAUGCAGAUCCGACAUGUCCCAAUACUAGUUUUAACGACUUUUCUACAAGUGGUUAUUCUAAUAUAACAACAGAAAUUUCUCACGAAAAUGACCAAACUCCUGCUAGCGCAAUAGCAAUCAUUUAUAUCGUAUUACUGGCUGCAAUAUUGGCUAUCAUGUCCAUUGGAUAUUUAAAGAUGACUAAAAGGAGGAAGUCAG